AAAGAGAGAGCGAGUAAGAGAGAAAGAGAAACUCGCGACCAAGAAAAGAGAGAGAGAGAGAGAGAGAGAGAGAGAGAUAGUGAAAGAAAGAUAGCGAGCGCGAGAGAGAGAAUGUCGCGAAUGUCUAACCUAGGAUAGUGGUGUUUAGUAUAGUGGCUAGGAUAGGCAAGAGUUGCCGUUCGUCUGGUACGUUCAGUAUUCGCAUCGCACUGCCCUGAAGACGUUCGCAAAAUUAAAGUGUAAAAAAAAAAAAAAUUACAAUUUACCGGUGUUUUUAUUUCAAAAAAAUACUCUAAUCCAAAAUUUUAGAGGUUUAUUAUGUGGUGCAAGGAUUUAGUUUGUGAACUAUUAGUACACAGUACAUUGUGUCAAUAAACAUUUUUUUGAAACAAUUUUUUGUUUAAUGAAAAAUUUUUUUUAACCAAAAAAAUGAUUUUUGUGCCAAUGAAGAUUAUUUUGUGAAAAUUUUUAUAAAUGGGAAUUUUAGUGUUAAAAAGUGUAUUUUUUUGGAGUCAGCAGAAAUUAGUGAAAAUUUCUUUUCCAUGAGGAUUUAAUAAUUGUUGUGUUUUUUAAUUCAGCAAUAAUUAGGAUUUUUCAAUAGUCGUUUUUCCUUUUAUUUAACAUUUUUGAAAGUGAACAAAAAAAAAAUGUCAACAAAUACACAUAUAGGUAGAGAGAGAGAGAGAAUACAUUGACUUAUGCUUCGCGCGAUUGUCACGUGUGACGUAAGCGCGCUUCAUUUUUUUUUUCUUUCGCAACUAUAAUUAAAAAAAAAAAAAAUAUUUUAUUAUUUUUUUCUUCUUCUUCUCUUAUUCUUAUUCGCGUGAAAUUUCGACAAUUUUUUAAUAUUUAUAUAUAUAUUGUUUCUUUAUUGUGUGACAAAAGACUUAACUGUGUAUAUGUUUGUCAAUUGACGAGCGUUCGAGUGCAAGUGAAUAUAAAGGAAGAGCAGUGACGAGUUAUAUAUAUAUAUAUAUAUAUAUAUAUAUAUAUAUAUAUAGGCUAUAUAGUUAUAAUUCAAGUCUCUUGGUGUUCGUUUGGUGUCAGUAACUGGUUGCAAAAAAAAGAAAAAAAAGUUUGGAAUUUCUCACAGUUGGAAAGUUUUCGAAAGGGUUAAAAGGUGACGAGAGGAAGAAGAAGAACACAGGAGCCAAUAGGGUGUGAAACCCGCAAUAAAAGAGACAAGAGAGAGAGAGAGGCGAUUAAGGUGGUGGUUUUUGGAUGUUAGAAGGCGCGGGGGUGGCUAAAAAGGCCCCGUCGCUGGGUACGGGUCCCAAUGCCGGUCCCCGUAUCGCAAACCCAUACGUUGACCUCCACCCUCGUACCCAAGGAGGAGUCAAACAUGCCCUUCAUCGAUGACGAAUUACUCUGGUGCCCUGACAACGACGGCAAAAUGGUUGAUCUCACUCAAUGUCUUCAGGAAAGCAAUACAGGGCAACCGGUCGAAUUUUCGGCAAUGGAAUUAAGUGCCCUUGUAGGAGUUCCGGCACCUCCAACUGGAACCACGGAGGAGGCUGAAGGAAUGUCCGGAGUUAAUGGCGAGGAACCCUUUGACACCUUGGACACGUUCCUUCGAGAAUUACAAGCCGAUUUGGCGGAAGCCAAUCAACCCACCUCAACAACUGCCUCCCUCUUAUCAUGUAGGCGGCAGAGGUACAACAUUGCUGCCGCAAAUCCCCUUUUAGCAGAAAUUUUAUUGUUCUCAGAAAAAUUAUCAACACCCACGACGCAGACAUCGCAGACAUCUAUUCCCUAUGCGACGAGGGCGGAAAUCAAAACGGAGAACAUUCAGCCGGAAACGAGUAAAGUUGACACGAGGGAAAUACAGCCUCAUGACACGGGAGAGAAGGAAGCACUUGGUUUAGCCCCUGUUAAGGCUGAGCCUGGAUCGACGACAGGAAAUCGUCUUCUCCAUGGUAUCCUCUCCCAGCAUUCUCAGCAACAUUCGUUGGGUGUGCAAAAUGGUUAUGGCCGGCAUAUGGCCAAUCAUUCUCAAUUGGGUCAACCACCCUACACUGCCUCAAUUGCAAACAAUAGUACUCCAGGAAGCGGAUCACUGCCAGCAAGUCCAGCGGACAGCGGAGUCAGCGACGUUGAGUCGAGCACAUCCUCUGGCGGUAACGAGGACGCGAAUCUCCUUUUAAAAGCAAGACUCAAUCCAAACUCGUCCCUCCAGCCGAGUAUUGCAUCCUCUCAUCACUCUCACCUGACAGCAGCAGCCUUAGGAAGGUCAGCGUGUCACAGUCCGGGUGUUUAUCCCUCAACGACGGGAUUUUUGCCACCGUCAUUUCAUCCCCAUCAACAUCAUCCGUCACAGUAUCAUCCUCACAGAGGCAGCUCACCACACCAUCAACACAGUAAUCAUGGAAUGGGACCCUCCAUGGGACCUCCACACCAUCACCACCUUCAUCAACCUCCAAAUUUGCAACAUUUACACUAUCGUCAGCCACCUUCAUUGUCGGAAAGUUACAGCAGCUAUGUGAAUUCAAUGUACGGCAAUAAUGGACAAUUUACAGCGCCUUGUACACCAAGUCCACCACGAGGACCAGGCGGUGUACCAACAAGUGUAAUUCAAGCGGCAACAUCAUCUGUUUCGGAUGAUUUAUAUCUUCUUGAAUUAGGUUUUCCACCAAGACCGAAGAAAAAUAAAUUGAAAAAACCACGACAAGGCGAAGGUGGCGCUGCUGUUAAAAGAAAAUCACGUGAAGGUUCAACAACAUAUUUAUGGGAAUUUCUACUCAAAUUAUUGCAGGACAAUCAAUAUUGUCCGCGUUAUAUUAAAUGGACAAAUCGUGAACGUGGCGUAUUUAAGCUUGUCGAUUCAAAGGCAGUCUCAAAAUUAUGGGGUUUACAUAAAAAUAAACCCGAUAUGAAUUAUGAAACAAUGGGACGUGCAUUGCGUUAUUAUUAUCAACGUGGAAUACUCGCUAAAGUCGAUGGUCAAAGGCUCGUCUAUCAAUUUGUCGAUGUACCAAAAGAUAUCGUUGAAAUUGAUUGUACGGGUGCGUGAAAUAAAAUUGUCUAUCCGUGUAGAUAGUAGCUCCACGCGGAUCAAUGUCUAUAUAUAUAUCGAGUUUUGUGAAGAAAAAAAAAUCGCCUACGUCGAGCUAUAAUUCACAUCUAAAAAAGCAGAAAAAAAAAUGCCAAUUUGGCAUAUAUAUCCCUCAGGCAAUGUGAUUACAUUACACAUACAAACAUGAUAUACAGAAAAGAAAAAAAGAAGUAGAAAAAAAAAACCCUCUCUGGCUCCGUUGUUCCUUUUGUAUAUGUCGCGACGUUCUUCAUUCAUCGAUUAUUAUUAUAAUAAAAUCUUGUAAUUUUUUACCAAUUUGUAAAAAAAAAAAAUAAUUUUUAAGUUCUAAUAUAAUAUUUUGUUUUAUCGUUAUAGGAAAAAUUGUUUUGUGAUUGGAAAUUUUUAUUAUUUUGAUAUUUUUAUUAUUAUUAAUUAAUUUUAUUAAUAUUAGUAUUGUGAUUGUAAAUUUAAAAAAAAAAUUUACAAUUUUGGUAAAGAAUUACAAAUUGUAAGCAAAAAAAAAUUAUUUAAAAAAAAUAAAAUUAGUAAUUAGUACAAUUAAUUAGUAAUUAGUGUAAAAGAACAAUUACCAAAAGAAAUAUGAAUUUUUUGAAUUCAAAAUUUGAAAAAAAAGUGAUUCGCAAGAAAGACGAUUUUUGUAAAUCUCAUUAUUUUAUAGGAAAAUUAUUUAUUUCAUAAAGAAAAGGAAAAACUUUCUUCUAAAAUUGCGCAAGAUUUCAAAUUUAUUUGAUUCAAAUACUCGAUUACUUGACUAUUAUCAAACAAAUAUUUACUUUAAUCAAAUAAUUUUUGAAACCAAAUAAUUGAAUUGUAUUUGAAUAAUUUUUGUAUUUGAAACAAAUACCAUCUCAAAUCAUUAUUUGAAAUGUGACUUGAAAGGGACCUUUAUAGAACCAAAAAAAUAUAGGUUAUGUUUAAAAAAAUUUUAAUUGAAAAUACAUCAACUCUAAAUAAAAAUAAUUGAUAUUUAAGUUCAAAAUAUCUAAUAAAAAACUGAUUUUAAUUUUACAAACGUAAAAAGAGACUUAAUUAUGGUAAAAUUACCGUAAACAUAACCUAUAAUUCAUUUGCUUCUAAGGUCCCUUUCUUCAGAACAUAUUUAUUUGCCAAUAAUCGAGUAUUUGAAUAAAAUAAAAUUACUUUUUCAUUGUAUAUUCCUAAAAAUUACAAUUCAUUAAAAAAAAAAAAAAUUCAAUUUUUAUAAUAUAUUAACAAUUUUUUAAAUUUAAUUUUAAUUUAAAUUAAUAUAAAAAUAAAUUACAAAAAUUACAAAAUUUAUUAAUUUUGUAAAUUUUCCUUUCAACUUAUUCUUCAUCAAAUAAAAUGAUUCCAUAAAAAUACACAAUAUAGUUGAAAAAAAAAAUCGAUGAAUGAAGAUCGAACACGAAUUUUUCUUUUUUGUUAAAAAGAAAGUGUGACUUCGGACCAUUGAUAAUUUUUUUUUUUUUUUUUUUUUUUUUUGAGAAAGACGUGAGAUUGUACGAAAAAAAAAAUUUAGUUUUUAGGUGUCGAGAGUAGUGUGUAUUUUAUAUAAAAAAAAAAAAAAAAAAUCUCUACGGACAAAUUACUUAACUAUAAAAAAAACUUAUAGACGCGUGUAUAGGCAAAAUUUGUACAUUUUUUUUUAAAAAAACAAAACAAUAAAUUAUUUAUUGUAUAUUAUAUAAAUAUAUAUAUAUAUAUAUAUAUAUAUAUAUAUAUAUAUUGUGACACGAGGACGCGAAAAAAGUGAUGCUUUUUUUUGUGUAAAGAAACAAAAAAAGGGGAUUUUUUUUAGGGUGGGGGAAGCGCGAAAAAAAGGAAUCGAGGGCUGUGAGAAUAAAAAAAAAAAAUGAUUGGGGGAUCGCGUAUUUUUGUGUAUAUUUUUUUGGUUUUAAUUUAAAAAAAAAAAUUGUUUUAAUUUUGGAACGAGCUCAGGGAGGGAAAACUUACAUUUUUAAUAUAUUUUUUAUAAAUAUAAAAAUUGUGAAUUUUUUAAUGAGCCGAGGGUUAAUAUUUUGGUGCUGGCUUUAUUACAUACACACACACAUACACGAGGUCCAAGAAUGUUAUUUAGCAUCUUAGCGUUUUACUUGAAUUCAUACAAAAAAAAAAAAAAAAAAUAUUAUAUUCUCUUGUACAUACAAAAAAAGUAUACCUUUUUAGUAUAUAUAUAUAUAUUAUUGAUUAUAUAAAUAUUAUAUAUAUAUAUUAUAUUAAAAAAAAAAAUAUAUAUAUAUUGUACGUUAUGUAGUAAAUGGAGUGAAUUGUUGUGUUUCUGUGAGAUUAUGUGUCGCGUUCAAGGGGGGGGAGAAAAAAGAUAAAUAACGAGGAUAAUGCUUAAUUGUUCUAACGAUGUCUCCGUGUUAGGAAAUAUUUGGCGAAGUGAAAAAAAAAAAAAUAACGCACACCGACUAAACUUCCAAUGGUUUCUCAUUAAAUCAAUGUUGUCGACGUGAGAAUCCUCCUCGAGUCCAGGGUGUAAUAAAAAAAUUAUUAGGAGUAAAAUUUUUAACUUAUUGUCGCUCUGGGUCGUGAUGUGCGAACGUGUGACUUUUUUGACUUUUAAGUUUCUCUUUUUUUGUACAUAUAUAUAAAAUGAGAACAAUCUGCUUGAAAAAAAAACUAUUAUUAUUAUUAUUAUUAUUAUUAUUAUUAUAUUAUUACAUAUGUCGAGAAAAAAAAAGGUUAAUAAUUACUGGUUAAAAUGUUAAAUAAGAAAAAAAAAAAAAGAAAAAAAAAUAGAGAAAAAGAGAGUUCAUUAUUAUAUUAUACACAAAGACAGCCAAUAUCGCUCUCUCAAGAUUAUAUAUAUAUAUAUAUAUAUAUUACAUAAAUAUAUAUGGCAAAAAAAAAAAAAUUUUUAAUUUUUACUAGGACGAAGUACAGUUUAAAAUAUACAGUUUAUUGUUCCAGUGCUGCCAAUAAUGCCUGUAAUAGGUCCCGCGAAUUUCUCAGUAAGGAAUAAUAAUGUUAUUAAAAAAAAAAAAAAGAAAAACGGGACAUCAGACAUACCGAUGAUACAAAGCGAAUUGCCUUUUCAUAAUAACAAAGACGUGUUGCCUUCUAACGUAAAUUUAAAAAAAAAAAAAAAAAAAAACGGGAUAAACCAAAUUUUCAUCUCACCGUUUUUUAUUAUAUCCAAAAAAAAAAACUUUGUCCUUGUAUAUCUUCGAAAUGUUUAUACCUCGUCGAAAAAAAAAAAACCCGUUUAGAUUUUUUAACGUGCGACUUUUUCUAUAGUAAUACAAAAAAACUUUUUGAAAAUAAUAUUGGGAAAUGAGAAUGGUUUUUUCUUUUUUUGUUAUUAUUAUUAUUAUUAGAAAGAAAAAUAAAUGAAAGAUGAUGGUGAAAAAAAAGUACAAUGGACAAAAAAAAAAUCGAGUACCUAUGCGAAAAAAAAAAAACUACACAAUCAAUAAAAACACAUUAUGGCAAAAAAAAAAAAUGUUAUUUUUAGGUAAAUCCAAUUUACAUAUUGCAUACAUAACAAUUUGACUACACAACCCAAUAUUUUAACAGAUAAGACUACUGUAAUAGGGAUAAAUAUAUGAUUAUUUACUUGUAAAAUAUAAAUGAAAUACGAUGGAUUGACAUUAAGGAACUCGAAUGUAACGUUCUGUGAUUCGUUGUUUGUAGGUGAAAUUAAUUAAAAAGAAUAAUGUACCAUAAAAAAAAAAUGGAAUAAUGUUA